AUGCCUUGUCACUUCUGUCUGUUUUUAAAGCAAAUCUUUUUCCAUCGUUUCUGUGUGAGUUUCCUGCCUGCCCUUGGCUCUGCCUGUGCUGGUGGGUGGGAAGCGCCUUUCCCAGCGUGUUCAUUUGCCUGGCUCAGCCAAGUGGGGACAAAAGUGUUGGUGGAGGGUUUUAGACCCAUGUGCACCUUUCCUGACGCUGCUGAGAGACCCCAGCAAGGUCGUACUCAGAAUAGGGCUGAGCUCAUGUUCUGUCCCUGCAGUGGUGACGGCAUAGGGGUUCUCUCCAGGAUAGGACGGUGGGUUCCCGACUCCUUGAGCCCAGCACUGUGUGGCUCUGGCACCGGCAGUGUGCAGCAAGGGAGGGCAGAGCCAGGGUCUCUCCAGCCCCUCUCUCUGCGACGGUUCCUUCCCGGCCAGGUGAACGCGGCAGGGGCACGGCGGGCCGGUGGCACCGGGAGGGCCGGCCGGAGGGGAGCGGGGCACGGCAGGGGGGCCGGGGAGGACGCGGCGCCGCCCCCACCGGCAGCGGGCGGGCCCGGGGCGGGCGGAGGCGCGGAGCGGCGGGGAGAACGGCGGAGCAGGCGAAGAGGAGGCCGUGGGCCGGACCAGUGGCGAGCCGGGCCGGAUGGGCGGCACGGCAGGGCCAGAGCCCGGAGACCCCCGGGGCGGCUGAGCUGGCCCAUGGCGGCGGGCGCGGGCGCCUUCGCGUGGGCCACCUUCCCCGCUAUGCCCACGCGGCGCGUGUACUGCAGCGCCGCGCACCGCGACGGGCAGCUCUUCGUGCUGGGCGGCUGCGGGGGCGGCGGGCGAGCCCUGGGAACUGCUGAGGUGCUCGACGUCCCAGCCCAGCGCUGGACCACGCUCCCACCACUGCCGACGCCGCGGGCUGGCGCUGCCGCCCUUGCCCUGGGCAAGCAGAUCUUGGUGGUGGGCGGUGUGGAUGCGGCACAGAGCCCACUUGCCUCUGUUGAGGUCUACCACGUGGAUGAGGGCAAGUGGGAGAAGAAGGCUGCAUUGGCUCAGCCCUCCAUGGGCAUCUCAGCUGUGCAGAGAGAUGGGGCUGUCUACGCGCUGGGGGGAAUGGGUGCGGACACCUCCCCCCAGGCACUGGUCCGUGUCUAUGAGCCAGCAAAGGACCAUUGGCAGCCCCUACCCUCCAUGCCCACCCCGUGUUAUGGGGCCUCUGCCUUCCUGCAGGGAAACAAGAUCUUCGUCCUGGGAGGCCGGCAAGGCAAGCUGCCUGUCACCGCUUUCGAGGCCUUUGACCUGGAGACAAGGAGCUGGACACGCUACCCCAGUGUGCCCAGCCGCCGCGCCUUCGCUGCCUGUGCCAUGGCUGAUGGGGUUGUCUUCAGCCUGGGUGGGCUGCAGCAGCCAGGGCCCCACAACUUCUAUUCCCGUCCCCAUUUUGUCAACACCGUGGAGAUGUUUGAUCCUGCGCAGGGUGUGUGGAGAAAGCCAAGCCGCACCAUCCGUAUGAAAGAGAAGAGAGCCGACUUCGUGGCUGGGUGCUUGGGAGGAAGAGUGGUGGCCGUGGGUGGCCUUGGUAAUGCUCGGGGGAACCAGUCCUGCCCACUGGACUCAGUGGAAGGGUUCAGCCUCUCGCAGAAGAAGUGGGAGCUGCUGCCCCCCAUGCCCACUGGCCGCUGCUCCUGCUCCAGCUGUCCAGCGCCCAGCCUGCUCUUCAUCAUCGGCGGUGUGGCCCAGGGUCCCAGUGGCGCUGUCGAGGCUCUGUGCCUGCGUGAUGUGCCCUGAGUGGGACCCCACGGACCAGCCCUGGCCAAGCACCAAGUGCCUGAAGACAGGGACAGGGUGUGUGAGCACCCAUGUGUUCACCCAGGGUGACCUGGCUCCAAAAAACCUCUGUUCCAUGAUGCCAGGCACCAGAGCAGCUGAGGUUUUGGGAACUCCCAACUCCUGCAGCGCUGUGGCAAUGAAGCCCAGGGCAAGCUCCUGCCUGGUGGGAUGGCCAUCGCCAGCAGUGUGGAGGGAGCAGCGGUGGCAGGACUGCCGCUGGCCUCACUGCCCUGUCCGGCCCCAUCUGUGCCACGGCGUAUCCGUGCCGUGUGUGUAGCAGUGAGUGCUGUGUCGUCGUAGACCCAGUCGAUGUCUCAUGUAGCACAGAGGUGCCCUGUAGCUCAGUGCCUGGGAGGUGAUGUAGCGCCUCAAAUAAAUGAAUCAUGUGGAAUUUUA